CUUCUUUCUAUUUAUGAUAUAUUUCUUUACAACUCUUCUCCUCGAGUUUUUUUUUUUUUUAGUAACGACCAUUCGUACAGAACAGAACAAACAGGAAACAGCCAAGUAAGUAAUUGCUUUGCUGGUGAAUAGAGAGGCUUUGGUCUGUGUAGUUUCCCACAAGAGCCAAUGAGCCUACAAACUGGAACAAAGUCAAGCAACGCCCUUGAGGGGAUCCAUGGGGUUCAUGUGGUGUCUCAUUCGCCCUUCUCAUACGACCGGACAACUCAAGUCGGUGACUUUCAGACCAACUGCAAAUCCUCAGACAUGGAAUCAAAUCAGAGACUGUUCAUCGAACGUGUUUGGCAACAAAGACCUCCAUGUCUAAGGCCAAUCCAUUGCAGCAUCCGAGGUGAUCAGAGUGUCUUAGAAACAGCUGCUAACGUGGCUACCUCGCUUCCUUUCAUCCUCCUCGGAAUGCAGGCACCGAGGAAGAAUCUCAACACAAAAGUGUACGCAAACUCCUUAAUUGGAGUUGGGAUCGCAUCGACUCUGUAUCAUGCCUCUAGGGGAAAGUUGAGGAAGUACCUGAGAUGGGUAGAUUACACAAUGAUUGCCACAACAACAAUAUGUCUCUCAAGGGCUCUAAGGAAUGAGAACUCAAAGUUCUUGAUGGCUGCAUCAGCUUUAGCUUUACCGUUUCAGCCUCUCAUGGUCUCUGCUGUUCACACUGGAAUGAUGGAGGUGGCAUUUGCUAAAAGAAGCUUAAAGGAUCCAGAUCUUAAAACAGCUCAUAACGUACACAAGAUGUCAUCUUUACUAGGAGGUGCUCUGUUCAUAGCUGAUGAUAUCUUCCCUGAGACACCUUUCCUUCAUGCCGGUUGGCACCUUGCUGCAGCCAUUGGAGUCGGAACAUGCAAUAAGCUUCUUGAGUAGAUCAGAUUUCAAAAUCGUUAUGGGACUUCUCUAUUCUUGGAACAGUAGGAACAAAAUAGUUUCUCUGUUACUCCUAAUCAGCCGACAUAACUAAGAAGCAUCGUAGCCAGUGAUAUCUAUGUAAGAAGUAGAUGGUAUUGCGUGAUCAUGUAAGAAAAUUAUUGAAUUAUUGUUAAGCUCGUUGCCAA